UUCUCCUCUUCCAGAGGAGAAGCCAAGAAGAACGGGGUUUAAAUAUGAAUGAAGACCUGGAGGUUAAUUUAACGUGGCUGCCUCGGGAUCACUUAGAAGCCGGUGCCACAGAGAAUGUUUCGGCCGCUGUCACCUCUCUGGUUCCUGUCAGUGACCCCGAGCCUGAGUUUAUAGUAAAUCCUUGGGACAUUGUGCUGUGUACCUCAGGGACCCUGAUCUCCUGCGAGAAUGCCGUGGUGGUCCUUAUUAUCUUCCACAAUCCUAGUCUUCGUGCCCCUAUGUUCCUCCUGAUAGGCAGCCUGGCCCUGGCAGACCUCUUAGCGGGGAUUGGAUUGAUCUUCAAUUUUAUUCUUGCCUACCUUCUCCAGUCUGAAGCUACUAAGCUGGUCACGGUGGGACUAAUCGUCGCCUCUUUCUCGGCCUCAGUCUGCAGCUUGCUGGCCAUCACCGUCGACCGUUACCUCUCACUUUAUUAUGCUUUGACUUACAAUUCCGAGAGGACCGUCACUUUCACCUAUAUCAUGCUCGUUUUGCUCUGGGGAGCUUCCAUCUGUAUCGGAUUGCUGCCCAUCAUGGGCUGGAACUGCCUCCAGGACGAAUCCACCUGCAGUGUUAUCCGGCCGCUCACUAAGAAUAACGCGGCCAUCCUCUCUGUCUCUUUCUUGCUUAUGUUUGCACUCAUGUUGCAGCUGUACAUUCAGAUCUGUAAGAUCGUGAUGCGCCAUGCCCAUCAGAUAGCCUUGCAGCACCAUUUCCUGGCCACUUCCCACUACGUGACGACUCGAAAAGGAGUGUCCACUUUAGCCAUUAUCCUGGGGACCUUUGCUGCGUGCUGGAUGCCUUUUACCCUCUAUUCUUUAAUAGCUGACUAUACCUAUCCUUCUAUAUAUACCUAUGCUACCCUCCUUCCAGCCACGUACAAUUCCAUCAUCAACCCUGUGAUUUAUGCUUUCCGAAAUCAAGAAAUACAAAAAGCACUCUGGCUCAUCUGCUGUGGCUGCAUCCCUUCUAACCUUUCUGCGAGAGCAAGAUCACCCAGUGAUGUUUGAUUAAGUGAAUGGGGGGGCUUUGUUUAGGGCAUUGUGUUAUGUCGCUUUUGCUGCAUUUCAUUACAUUGUACAUAAAUGCAUACUCAGUCCACAGGGAGUAUUGGCCUUUGCAGAAAGAGGAAUCCUGCUGAUCGAACGAAACCAUCUUACGUUGUUCCAGGAGCAUUCUUGGAAGCAAGGUGAUCUUUUGCCAACUUCUACGUGUAGCUCAGGUUCUGUUGAUGUACAGCUAGACCAGUUCCCUUCAACCCAAUGGGUUGUUUCACAAGCAUUUGCUGUUCUUUCAAUGAAGGGGGCAGACCUUUGCACAGGAAAGGAUGUUAUGUGCAGAUCUGCUUUCUCCAUUGGAGUGAAUGAGGAGUCCACUUGCACUGGAGCUCUGGGUGUGAAUCAGAACAUGCGUGGGGCUCUUAAUCAGGGCCAAGUCUGCAACCCACAACCAACUUUCUGUAGAGCAGUUCCAUUGACAUUAGUAGAACUGUCUGUCAUGGGGUUAUUUCUGAUAUUACUUUUUAAAAGAGAUGUAUAACUGUUUCCGAAGAGUUGCAUGUGGUUCUUAAGAUGUGUUGCCGUGAUCCAGAGAUACUCAUACGCAGUAUGGCCUUGUGCUUAAGACAUUAGGCUGGAAUGUACUUCAUUGUUUGCCUUGCAAGACAGAUAAAAAUGCAUGGUGUAUUGAAAGGCCUGUUUCUGGGUAUACAUCACAAAGGAGAUGUGUGCAUUCAGGUGUCUGUUUGCAUAUGCUCUCUGUGCAUGGUACCUGAUCCUGCAAGGAACGCCAUGCGCAGAAGUUUGCUUAAAAUGUAACUUCAGAAGUGACCUCUGUUUUCCUAUCACUUCUCUGAAACAAGCAAAAAUUUAGCCUCUUUCCAAAUUGUUUACAUAAUUUCAAUCAAUUAUGCUGCAUGUAUUCCCCCCCUCCCCAAUUUUUUGGUCUUGGAAAGACAGAAAAGAGCCAGCGUUCCUGUUAAUAUAAGCCAAACUGUACAUCGAAUAGGGAUCUUUAGCAACCCUGUUAGCAUCGACUAAUUUUGUGCAACUAAUUUGCAAUAAAAGAGAUCCCCCCCCUUCCAGGAAUAAAGAUCAGUAUAUUCAGUUUCUCAAACGAAAUCUUUCAGGCAGUCUUGUCGUUAGUUAGCCACUCACCCACACACUUUGGGUGAGUAACAAUUCCUUCUGGUUGUGUAGUUUGCCAAACCCAGUAUUCAAGCCAUCCUGCGAGAUGUCGCUGCACACGAGCAGGCAUGCAGGCUGAUGACAAAAUUACUCAGUGAGCUGGUAAUUUCUUUUUAUAUCCAUCUUCCAGACUACAAGAGCAAUGUAAUGAAAUAACUUACUUAAAUUCAGGAGUUAACAUUUUCAACAUGAUCUGUGAAGCUUGUCAUAGGUUUUUGUGCAUUAUCUCUGUUUUGACCUCGAAUUCUGGAAUUUUGAUAUCCAUUCCAUUACUUUGCCUAGUGAAAUACAGAUGAAAUUGGUACCCUUUCUGGUUUUCUAGCAGUUCUGUACGUAAAUUCAUUACUUCUUUUGACGUGCAAUAAUAUAUGUAUGUCAUUCUGUUUCUUCCUAGGAUAUUAGUUCUUGUCUUGGAGGUCAUUGCCUUAACUAGUUAAACCAGGGGUUCCCAAUCUUAUUAAGCCUGCAGGCACAUUUGGAAUUCUGACACAGCAUGGUGUUUGCAGCAACAAAAUGGCUGCCACAAGAGGCAGGUCUAGCCACAA